UUUUAUUAAUAAAUUAUGGUUCCAAUAAUUGAAAUUCUAGGUGUUUGAACUCAUUUGUGAAGUGUACCACUUCAACUCCAAAUUGGCUGCGUCUCCUGCGGGGACCUCGGCUUGGCCGCUCAACCCUGCGGCAACUGGGGGAAAGGGCAGUAAUGUCAACCAAAACAGUCAUUUAUUAAGUACCUACUCUGAGCAGGCGCCAGGAAGUCUUUGCCACACAGAAAGAAUACAACGUACUUGGACAGAAAUGCAAAUACCGGAUUUAUUCAAACAAAUACUUGAGGACAUAACAAGACCAGUAAAGGUCUCUUCAAGAAAGUGGCCCGGGAGCUGAGCCUGGAAAAAAGCCAAAAUUUCAGAGAGGAAGAAGGGCCGGCUCGGAAAAUGCAUUUCGAAAUAUCGCGGCCUUUCGCGGCUGCCGUAGCUCCGGAAGCCGAGCCCGAAGUUGUCAAGCGCCGGAAAUGCUUCGUGCGCCUGCGAAACAGACAGGAAGUGGGGCGAGAGGAGACGAAUUUCGCGGUCGUUUUGACCCGCUUCGGUUCCUGUUCAGCGGGCUCUCGGCUUCUGCUGCCAUGGCAGAGUACGCUUCAGUCAAGUCCACCAAGUUGGUGCUGAAGGGCACAAAGGCGAAGAGUAAGAAGAAGAAGAACAAAGAGAAGAAGAGGAGAAGGGAGGAAGAUGAAGAAAGCCAGCUGGACUGUGUCGGGAACUGGUGGGCAGUCCGAAAUUUUGGUGAAAUUUCUGGAACCAUAGCCAUUGAAAUGGAUAAAGGAACCUACGUCCAUGCCCUCGACAAUGGUCUCUUCACCCUUGGAGCACCCCAUAAAGAAGAUGACGAGGGCCCCAGUCCUCCCGAACAACUCACAGCGGUCAAGCUCUCUGAUUCCAGAAUCGCUCUCAAGUCUGGCUACGGAAAGUAUCUUGGAAUAAAUUCAGAGGGCCUCGUGGUGGGGCGAUCCGAUGCCAUAGGACCCCGGGAGCAGUGGGAGCCGGUCUUUCAGGAUGGAAAGAUGGCUUUGCUGGCUUCAAAUAGCUGCUUUAUUAGAUGCAAUGAAGGUGGAGAUAUAGAAGCCAAGAGCAAAACUGCAGGAGAAGAAGAAAUGAUCAAGAUUCGUUCUUGCGCAGAAAGAGAAACUAAGAAAAAAGAUGACAUUCCCGAAGAAGACAAAGGAAAUGUGAAGCAGUGUGAAAUCAACUAUGUGAAGAAAUUCCAGAGCUUCCAAGACCACAAACUGAAAAUCAGCAAAGAAGACAGCAAAGCCCUUAAGAGGGCGCGCAAGGAUGGCCUUUUCCAUGAGACGCUCCUGGACAGGAGAGUCAAGUUGAAAGCUGACAGAUACUGCAAGUGAGGAAGAUAUUAGCCGGCCGUUCUCAUUUUGGUUGUUAUUCCAGAAUAAAACGCUCCACAGAUGUGAUUCUUUGUAAAAAAAAAAAAAAGUUGUUUCCUUGAUGUCGGUGAGGGAUGCCCACGUGAGGCGGCCCGGUGGCCUCCCUCCCUGGGGCGCAGUGCUGGCAGGGAGCUUGGCCGGAUGAAGUGCUUCGGACCCAGAGGAGCCCUGACCCAUCACCCGGAGUCCGCCUUUGGGUGGGACCGACAUCUCCCCAGGCCCCAAGGUUAUAAUGAGGCGAACCUUGAUUUCAAAGGCUAUUGGAGAGAAACUGAGCCCCACACUGAAGAAACAGAAGGCGCCUACCCAAAGCCUACCGUGUCUAAUGAACAGGACUCCCAGGCCUGGGGCGGGCAGGCGGGCACCUCGGCCCAUGGGAGCUGUGGCAGAGGAGGCGUCUAGGGCCAGAGCAGGGCGGGCCCUCUUGGCUCUCCAUUGGCCAGGCGCUUCCCUCUGGGGACUGGAGCAGAGCGGAAGCCUUGCUGUUCACAACCAACCAGUAUCCCGUCCCUCGAUGACUCCGGCUCCCAGGAAGGGAAGCAACGACAAUGUCUCCCCGUGUUACAGAUGAGGGGAGAGGGCCCAGGGGGCGAGGCCGCUUGGUUUUGGUGUUCCAGUUGGCACCCUACGCGUGCUACCCACCCACCCAAUAAAGGUUUCCUUUGGAUUGA